AUGAAGCCCUCCUGGCCUCCCCCUGGCCUCACCUCCCCAGUCCCGUUCCCCUUCGUUUCACGAGUGUCCUUUCCACCUCUCGAUUUGAACUUCUUGAAGCUAAUGAUGCUGCUCAUUCCCUUCUUCAUCCUCAUCACCAUCGCUCUCGCUGCUUUCCCCAGCGGUGAUGCGAGUGUCCUUACUCCAGCCGUAGUGCCCAUGGAGUGGCAGGUGCAGGCCUUUGUCGACGGUCCAACCUUGACGCUCAACGGCACCGUGCAAGACGUUGAGCGGCAGCUCAUAGCAAUCAAUCCAAACUACAAAACUGCCGAUUUCCACAACCGCACAGCCGCCGGACGCGACGUGGAGAGGCGCCUCGACUUUUCCGGCGCCGAUAUCAUCUGCUCCAAGAAACUGUUCGGCUCCGUCAAGUCGAAAGGCUUCAAUGAUGCCUAUGCUCGCUUCAACAACAUGCAAGGGCGACCAAACCUGCCACCGGGCCCGAAAGUCUGCAGCCGCAUCAGCUGCUCCUGGGACACGGCGUUGUGGCUCUGCAACGAUAUGCCUGGGCGGAUGCUUCUAGAUACCUGGAACACCGUUUUCAAAGCCCUCAACGAGAUCUGGAGGCGAUGCAGCAACAAUUCUAACAAGGGAGUUGGAGGCCAAAUCUUCCACCGCACCAACUGGAAUAUGAUCAUGACGUCGGAUCGAUGUUAA